GAAUUCCCAAUCUAUGGUCUGUGACCUAACCUAACAUCUUGGAGGAAAUCGCUACUUUUUCCUCCUAUUUUUCUGUUAAAAAUUAAUAAUGAAUAUCUACAAGACAUGUCCAAUCGUUUUGAGAGCAUCUGUACAAACUAGAACCAGAUUUUUCAGUACUAUAGCGAAACCAAUAAAUAACUUCGAGAUACCUUCCACAUUUGUAAACAGAAAUCCAAGAAAUUUGGAAAAACUUAGGAUAGGGUAUAAACCUGACGGUUACCAUUUGGAAGCACCUGGAAGAAUAUAUUGGCAUAAGUUGGAAGUGUCGGAAAGUGGUAGGUAUGCUGUAGCAGUUGUGAAACACUUUAAAAAUGGGGAAGUUUUAAGGGCUAGUACAUCAGAAUGGCCAAUAAAGAAGCGCUUAUAUAGAUACAAUGAUGUUUCUGCUUAUAUAAAUUUAGCUAGGGUUUUUGGGGAUAGAUGUUUGAAAUCUGGUUUAACAGAGAUGAGUUGCUUCAUGGAAGUAAAAAAUCCAGACGGGAAAUUAGCUAACUUUUUGAAGUAUCUCGAAGAAAGUGGAGUUGUUUUGAAGGAGCCACCUCAGUUCAAACCUGCUAGACCAUGGGAUCAGUUAAGGCCAGAGAAGCCAUGGGAUGUUUUAGAUUGAAUUAUUUAACAUAAAAUAAAUUAUUACAAAAGAGAAAA